ACAAGUGAUAGUCUAAAUUAUAAAGGGGAUGAAGUUUCUCACACUCAUUAUCAAAGUGUCAUGAAGGUUUGAACUUGUGACUUAGUAUGCAAAUGAAGGCUUUUGUUAAAUAAAAAUAUUUAAUUGAUUUAAGUUUUUUUUUUUUUUUUUUUGGUGGAUGGGUAUUAAAAACCUUGUACAUAUUAAUGAGGUUGAUUUAGGUCCAUUAAAAUAGACCGAAAACGAAAAAGAGCCCUAGUGUUAGAGGUGGAACGUGACGCACCCAAAAGCUUUAGCACUUAGCAGCCACAAAAUUAGGAAAAAAUAGGAAUAUUCCCCCCAGUUAUUGCCAAGUGCGUUUUAAAGCUGGUUCAAUUCCCUUGGAAUAUUCCUCGUAUUCCCGCGUUUUAUCUCAUUAUAUCCCCUCCCCUCUCCACCCUCCGAUCUUCCACCGAUGCAAAAGUCAUCGGAUCCAACGGCCAAAAUCCCACAACGCACCUAACAAAUAUUAGCUUGCAAUCCAAAUCCUAAUAAAACUCACCAAAUUCACACACUUGGGUUGCUAUAAAUAUUACCCCUCGCCUUCUCUCUACUUUCCACUUGCAAAUAAACCAAGAACUCUUGUGCUUCUUCUGCUUGUGUUUUUUUUGGGUACCAUUUUUUCUCUUCCUCACAGAGAAUUUCAUCAAUGGCUGGAAUUGUGGUGGUUUUUGACUUUGACAAGACCAUUAUCGAGUGUGAUAGUGAUAAUUGGGUGGUCGAUGAGUUGGGUGCAACUGAUUUGUUCAAUCAACUUCUGCCCACCAUGCCUUGGAACUCUCUCAUGGAUAGGAUGAUGAAGGAGCUUCAUUCACAAGGAAAAACCAUUGAAGACAUUGUAGAGGUUCUGAAACGAACUCCAAUUCAUCCUAGAGUCGUCCCAGCAAUUAAAGCAGCCCAUGCUUUAGGGUGUGAUUUGAAGAUUGUUAGCGAUGCAAAUCUGUUUUUUAUUGAGACAAUCUUGAAGCAUCUUGGGCUGGAGGAGUAUUUCUCAGAGAUCAACACCAACCCUAGCUAUGUGGAUGAACAAGGAAGGGUUAGGAUUUCUCCUCACCAUGAUUUCAUCAAAUGCUCUCAUGGCUGCAGUCUCUGCCCUCCCAACAUGUGCAAGGGUGUGGUCAUUGAAAGAGUCCAGACUUCUCUCUCCAGUGAAGGGAAGAAGAAGAUAAUCUAUCUUGGAGAUGGCAGUGGUGAUUAUUGCCCAAGCUUGAAGCUCAAGGAAGUAGAUUUUGUAAUGCCAAGGAAGAACUUCCCACUGUUUGACCUAAUCUGCAAGGACCCAUUGCUCAUCAAAGCUGACAUCCAUGAAUGGACUGAUGGGGAGGAGCUUGAGCAUAUUCUGCUCAACCUCAUCAACACAAUUGCCACGGAAGAAAAUGCUCAGUUUAUCUCAGCAGCUGAUUGCAAUUUGCAGACCAUGUCUGCUCAUGAGGCCUUGCCUCAGGCUCUCCCUGUCCGGCAAUAGUACCAAUAAUUAACUAGUGUGUGUGUGUUCAAGUGUGGUUGGUUUGACCUAAUUAAUGUAAUAUGCUGGCAAAUUAAUGUCAUGGCCAGCAAAUUCAGAAGAAACCCUUUUUACCCUUCUGCUUGCUUUGGUUUCUUGUUUUAGAAACAAGGGUUGUAAAAGUUUUGUGAUUUUGUAUUCAUCAAGAAAAGGAAAAUACUUCCCUUCUUACCAUGUAAGUAUGAGCUCUUAUACAUUCCUGCCAA